CGUUUACCGCGGGGCGUGGUUUAGAGGACGUGGCCAAUAGCGUUCCAGUGGGCGUGUACUAAGAGCGUCCUGUUAUUACUCGACGUAUUAUAACAAUGUCGCGCUUUUCUUAAACUGCAUGCAACGUCGCAAAGAAGAUCAAAAUUGAGACCCACAAAGCAUUGUUCAGAGGGAUAUGGCUCAGGAGACCAACCAGACCCAAGGGCCUUUACUCUGUGCCAACGGCUGUGGGUUUUAUGGGAACCCGCGGAAUAACGGCAUGUGCUCGGUGUGCUACAAAGACGCCUUACAACGACAGAACAACAGCGAACGAUCCAGCGAGCCAGUGUCAUCUAGUAUAAGCAGUAUAGGAGAGUCAGUGUCUGUACAAUUAACAUCACAACAUGAAAAAAGCAGUGUCCGCUCUAAUUUUUCAUCGCCCGCGGCAGCGACACGUACAGAUGGUGCUACAGCGGUCGCUCAGGCGGUUUUGGAAACACAGGAGGGACUACAAGAGGCGAGAAGCGUUCAGGAGACCCCAGACAAGCUGCUUACAGCGGAGGAGAGCACAUCGAGAGGAAAGAGGAAGUUAGAUGAAACUUCUCAGCCGUCUGCCUCAGAAUCGGACGUCUCGGAGCAAACCUCAGAUGUCCCAGAGCAGUCCAAACCCAAGAAGAACCGCUGCUUCACCUGCCGCAAGAAAGUGGGACUCGCUGGCUUCGGUUGCCGGUGCGGUCUCUUGUUUUGCAGCGUUCACAGAUACUCGGACAUUCACAGCUGUAGUUUCGACUACAAGGCAGACGCCGCAGAGAAAAUAAGAAAAGAAAAUCCUGUGGUCGUCGGGGAGAAAAUCAAAAAGAUUUAAGAUGCUUGGGGGAAAGAAGUUGUGCAUGCCACAAUGAAAAGCAUUUGCAAGAUUUGUUAGUCCGUGUGUCAUUUUACCUCUCGGAUGUCUUUACUUACAGAUUAAUGGGGUAUAUAAACCACUAAAUAUUUAUAUAAUUGCAAUAAUAAUUUAAUUCGUUUUUUUCUGAUAUUCUGAGACAAUUAGUUGGCUGUGCAUUUCUGUGAACAAAGCUUGCAUGUUGACAGAAUGUGUCUUUUUGUUCUACUUUCUUUAAAGAAGGAUUGUAAGGAUUAGUUUAAUAUUAAAAGACAUAAGGUUUGCCACAGUGCCAGUUUUUGCCCUUUCAAGAAUAACGGGGUUAUGCAAGUGAUUACAGACAACAAAUGGUUGUGUGUGUGUGGGUUCACACAGUUGCUGGAAUAACUCAUGUUUUGCACUUCAUUACAAUUUUUUUUAGUUUGAGUGAAAGUUGUGUGACAGAAAUGAGAGUGCUUUAUUUAUGUUUGUGCAUGCACUAUGUUCAUGUUCAAUAAAAUUUUACACAUCACUGUCGUAAGAGAUGUAGCCUUGUCAUAUUCGUCGUCGUCAUAUCUUCGUAAUUUUGUUAGGACAAUAAUAACAGUAGGCUAUACAGACACGACCGUGAUGACGUCACGCCCACCGUGUCUUUCUAUGUAUAAAAAAAGCAAAAGACGUAAG